AUGACUGAAGUUGACAGACCGCCAGGAAUUCUUGCCAGUGCUCUUUGGGACCUCCAAAAAGAUGCUAAAGCACAAAUUCCCAUUAUGCGAAAAAGAGCACAUUCUCUAAAUGGGCGAAAAGGAAUAUUGGCCUCUGGCCUUAAAGAAUUGCGAGAAACUCUAGCACAAUUAGAACAAGACAGAGCAGAAGAAAGUACCCGAAUUGGUAUUUUGGGCACAGCACUUGAGGAGUUGAAAGGUGUUCCAUAUAAAAGCCCUGUAGUUGAUGCAAUCAUACGACCAAAAUCAGCAAGUGAUAUGGGUUAUAAAGGAAUGCUGGAGCGGCUUUUAGAAACAAAAGAUGAAGUAGAAUAUGAAAGUCUUGGCUUGCGGGAUCUAAUCGAUGGCGACAAAAGGAAAGGGUCCUUCGGCGAGGAUGACAGCAAAAGGCCCAGAAUAGCUUUUGUACCGAAGCGAAAAUCGAGGGACUCGACAAGCAGUGGAGAAGGAAAGGAGAAGCCUUUGGAGGGCUCAGCAACCCCAGAAAAAUCCUCAUCCUCAUCGGAUACAAAGACCACGGCUAAAGAAUCCAAAGAGGAUGAUCAGAAAGGGAAAGUGGAGAAGGAGAAAGAUAAGGAGAAGGAGAAAGAUAAAGAGAAGGAGAAAGAUAAGGAGAAGGAGAAAGACAAGGUCAAGGAUAAAGAUAAGGAUAAGGAAAAAGAUAAAGAUAAAGACAAGAAAGGACUCAAAAGCAAACUUCCUCAUAAAGAACGCAAAAAAGAGAAGAAAGAAGAAGAUGACGGGAUACAUGUGCUGGAUAUGAAGAAAGCGCAAGUCGAUUUAACACUGGCCGAUACGCAAACAAGGGUGCUUUACUUGGCAAAGAAGGACCAAUGGGAUUUGGUUGAAAAAGAGCUUGACAUAGUUCCGAACAAAACCGAGUUGUCACUAUGCGACAAGAAAGGGUACACGGCUCUCUUGCUUGCGGUCAAAGAUGGAAAACGAAUGUUCUUUGAUAAAUUGCUACAAAAAGGAGCUGAUAUCAAUGCGGUCACGAAUGAAGGAUAUAAUGCUGCACAUGUCUGCGCCAUGUAUUCCGAUGAAAGAAUGUUGAAUGCGAUCAUCGCUAAAAGCAGCGAUUUAUUACGAAAGCCAGGAGGGCCUCAUGAACAACUUCCGAUACACUUGGCCUGUCUACGAACUGGUUCGGAGGGUUCUGCUAUUGUGAAACGGAUUUUGGAAGUUUUCGGCAAACAACGACUCGCUCGUGAUGGUAAUGACGCAAUGCCGGUACAUCUCGCCAUGAAGACGGGAAACGUCUCACUCGUUGAAUUUCUCUUAUCCACCUCCACACAUGAACAAGCCACUGCGAUAGAUAGAGCCGGAGAUUCGUUGCUUCAUCUUGCUUGUCGUAGUGGCAACAUGGCUGCUGUACAAACGGCGAUCGCAGCUGGAUGCAAUGAUCCGAAUAUGCAGAAUGCGAUUGGACGAACAGCUUUGCACGAAGUCGCAUACUUAGGCGAUCAACAUCUCAUGAAGAUCAUGUUCAAACUACAUGCUAAUGCCAAUAUUCAUGACAAGGAUGAUAAAACCCCACUCCAUGUGGCUACAGAACGCGGAUUUACGGACGUCGUCGAGCAGUUGAUAGACAAAUUUAAUGCUUCGAUCGCUGCGCGAACCCGAGAUGGAUCAACACUUCUACAUCUAGCAGCCACUACUGGACAUACGGGCACGGCGCUAGCAUUUCUGAAAAGAGGUGUUCCUCUUUACAUGCCAAACAAAAAAGGCGCCUUGGGACUGCACUCAGCUGCAGCAGCUGGCUACAACGACGUUGUGAAGAUGCUUAUUGCACGUGGAACAAACGUCGAUAUACGGACAAAAGACAAUUACACAGCACUCCAUGUAGCAGUGCAGUCAGGGAAAGCCUCUGUGGUGGAAACAUUGUUGGGUGCUGGAGCCGAUAUACAUGUGAAAGGAGGAGAACUCGGGCAGACUGCGCUACAUAUAGCGGCUUCAUUAGAUGGGCCAGAAUCUCGUGAAUGUGCCAUGAUGUUGCUGAAAUCUGGAGGUCAACCGGAUGUUGCACAAGAAGAUGGAGAGACUUGCCUUCACAUUGCUGCCCGAAAUGGCAACAAGGACAUUAUCAAAUUGCUUCUGAAUGAUGACGCCAAUUUGAAACUGGUUUCGAAAGCUGGUGAGACUCCGCUGCACGUGGCUGCCAAGUCCUGUAAUUACGAAGCUGCACAGUUGAUUAUCUCCCAUAUGGCACAAAGCUGUUCACCAGACGAGAUUCGAGAAUAUGUGAACCAAAGAACGAAUGAUGGUUUUACGGCUGUUCACUAUGCUGCUCAGAUAACCUCGGAUAAAGUCCAUUACCCUGGAGAAGAUGCAAAACUCAUGAAUCUGCUUGUCGACUCUGGAGGACAAGUGGAUUUGCAAUCCAUUACUACCGAUGAAACAGCAAUGCAUAUGGCAGCACGAUCUGGUAAUCAAGCUGUCCUACUAGCCAUGGUAAACAAGAUUGGAGCUGGAACGGUGCAGAUUGUGCAGAAUCGGCAGAGCAAGAAUGGGUGGUCACCAUUACUGGAAGCAUGUGCACGAGGACACACCAGUAUUGCGCAAACCCUUUUGCAACAUCAUGCACGAAUCGACGUUUUCGACGAUCAGGGUCGGACAGCUCUCCAUCUAGCUGCGAUGAAUGGUCAUCUAGGUCUAGUGCAUCUACUUCUGCAGCAUAAGGCGUUCGUGAACAGCAAAUCCAAAACUGGUGAGGCUCCACUUCAUCUCGCUGCUCAAAAUGGCCAUAACAGAGUUGUGACUGUGUUGGUGCAGGAUCACGGAGCUGCCUUGGAAGCAAUCACCUUGGAAAAUCAGACAGCUUUGCACUUUGCUGCCAGAAACGGGCAGUUGCUUGUUAGUCAAACACUUCUUGCCCUUGGUGCCAACCCUAAUGCUCGAGAUGACAAAGGUCAAACACCUUUACAUCUCGCUGCUGAGAAUGAUUACCCAGACGUCGUGAAGUUAUUCUUGAAAAUGAAACAGAACAAUCGUGCUGUGUUAACCGCCAUCGACCACAAUGGUUUCACUUGUGCACAUAUUGCUGCAAUGAAGGGUUCGCUCGCUGUAGUGAAGGAACUAAUGAUGAUCGAUAAGGCUAUGGUCAUUCAAGCCAAGACAAAAACAAUGGAGGCAACCACGCUGCAUAUGGCUGCAGCUGGGGGGCAUGCAAAUAUCGUACAAAUUCUUCUUGAAAAUGGAGCAAGUGCGGAGGAUGAGAAUGCUACUGGUCUAAAUGCAAUGCAUAUCGCUGCAUACUAUGGCAAUACGGACUUUGUUAUGGAGAUGUUGAAAAGCGUGCCCGCAACAGUCCGCUCCGAACCUCCAAUUUACAAUCACCACGUUGUUAAAGAAUUUGCCACCGAGUAUGGUUUUACGCCAUUGCAUCUUGCUGCGCAAUCCGGCCACGAUGGACUUGUGCGAAUGUUGCUCAACCAGGGAGUGCAAGUAGAUGCUACGAGCACUACAAUGGGUGUGAUUCCUUUACAUCUAGCUGCGCAGCAAGGUCAUAUCGCUGUUGUCGGAAUGCUGCUUUCUCGUUCAACACAGCAACAGCAUGCUAAAGAUUGGCGCGGCCGAACACCGCUCCACUUGGCUGCUGUGAAUGGGCACUACGAAAUGGUUUCAUUACUAAUUGCUCAAGGAUCUAACAUCAACGUAAUGGAUCAGAAUGGUUGGACUGGAUUGCAUUACGCUACUAAGGCAGGUCACCUGAACGUGGUCAAAUUGUUUGUGAAAAGCUCAGCAGAUGAGUUGGCGGAAACAAAAGAGGGGAAAGUGCCGCUAUGUUUUGCUGCUUCUCACAAUCAUAUCGAAUGUUUACGAUUUCUUCUGAAGCAAAAGCACGAUACACAUCAGUUAAUGGAGGAUCGCCGAUUUGUAUUUGAUCUGAUGGUAUGCGGUAAAGGUACUGACAACGAGCCAUUGCAAGAAUUUAUCCUACAAAGUCCCGCGCCCAUUGAUACGGCUGUCAAGCUGUCAUCACUCUAUCGAGACAUGUCGGAAAAAGAAAAAGAAAGAGCCAAAGAUCUGCUUAAUGUAGCUGUCUUUUCCGAGAAUAUGGCUGUAGAGUUAUUGGGUAUCUCCGCUAGCGAGUACAAUGCCGCAAUCCUUCUUAAAGCCAGGGACACUCGUGGACGUCCACUCCUGGAUGUGUUGAUAGAAAAUGAACAGAAAGAAGUAGUUUCAUACGCUUCGGUGCAACGAUAUCUAACGGAAAUCUGGACAGCGAGUAUCGACUGGUCUUUCGGAAAGACUGUAGCUUUCACAUUAUUCGUGCUUUUAUGUCCUCCAGCAUGGUUCUACUUUUCACUUCCUCUUGACAGUCGCAUGGGUCGAGCUCCUAUUAUCAAAUUUGUUUGCCAUAUCGUCUCACACGUGUAUUUUACCAUCCUCCUCACUAUUGUAGUGCUCAAUAUCACACAUAAAAUGUAUGAGACAACAUCUGUCAUACCUAAUCCAGUUGAAUGGCUUCUACUUCUGUGGUUGAGCGGUAACUUAGUGUCUGAGCUGUCCAGUGUAGGAGGUGGCUCUGGUUUAGGUAUAGUCAAGGUGCUGAUCUUGGUCCUAGCCGCUGCUGCCAUAGCAGUUCAUGUACUUGCCUUUCUUUUACCUGCGGUUGUUAUGACUCAUCUAGACAACGACGAGAAACUGCAUUUUGCUAGAACCAUGCUAUAUCUAAAGAAUCAGCUGUUUGCAUUUGCUUUACUUUUUGCUUUCGUCGAGUUCCUCGAUUUUCUCACAGUGCAUCAUUUGUUUGGACCAUGGGCUAUCAUCAUCAGGGAUCUCAUGUAUGACUUAGCUCGCUUUCUAGUUAUCUUGUUGUUAUUCGUUGCGGGAUUUACAUUACAUGUAACGUCUAUCUUUCAGCCAGCCUAUCAGCCAGUCGAUGACGACAGCGCUGAAUUGAUGCGUCUGGCCUCUCCAGAACAAACUCUGGAAAUGUUAUUCUUUUCGUUGUUCGGACUUGUCGAGCCGGACACUAUGCCUCCACUUCAUCUAGUGCCUGAUUUUGCUAAAAUUAUUUUGAAGUUGUUAUUUGGUAUCUAUAUGAUGGUUACACUCAUAGUACUUAUAAACUUACUGAUUGCUAUGAUGUCAGAUACAUAUCAGAGAAUUCAAGCUCAGUCGGAUACGGAGUGGAAAUUUGGUCGUGCUAUUCUGAUCCGACAAAUGAAUAAACGUAGCGCCACCCCAUCUCCUAUCAAUAUGCUCACCAAAUUAUUUGUUGUUUUGAAAGUUGCCUACCGGAAUCGACUGCGAGUCUGCACUCAGAAAGCUCAACAAGACUUGCGAUUCGAGGAAAAUAUUGAUGCUUUUUCGAUGGGUAAUGGUCGUCAAGGGAGAGUUAGUCCAACUAUGCGUGAAGACGAAGAAGGUAUGCGAGGUGAUGGCGCAGAGUUGGGACAGAUCACUGACUGGAAUAUCGAAAAUGUAAUAGACUGGAAGCGAAUAGUCUCUAUGUACUAUCAAAUGAACGGAAAGAAAGAUGAACCUGACGAGAAUGAACAAUGA